CUUCCGGGUCGCAGCCCGCAGCCCCCUCCUCCUCCCGCGUCCUGGGCCAUGGGGGCGGCUGCCGGGGGGGCCGCCCACGAGGGCACCGCGGCCGCAGCGCCGCUGGACCCCGGGCGUGGGCUGUCCCUGCCCCGGGGGGCUGGGAGCCCUGCGGCGUCACAGGACAAGCUCUUCUUAAUCAAAGGUGGAAUUUUUCUAGGUACUGUUGCUAUGGCAGGAAUGAUAGCAGGUUUUGGCACCACGCUUGCCAUGACAAAAAAGAAGAAUCCAGACUGGUUCAGUAAGGGCAUUACUGCCACAGCUGCGUUACCAGAGAGUGGUUCGUCACUGGCCUUACGAGCCCUAGGAUGGGGCUCACUCUAUGCAUGGUGCGGAGUUGGAUUGCUGAGUUUUGCCAUCUGGAAGGCUCUGGGUGUGCACAGUAUGAAAGAAUUCCAAACUAAGAUGCAGUCAAUCUUUCCAGCAAUUCCUAAAAAUAGUGAGUCCACUGUUGAAUGGGAAAACUUACUUAAAUCCAAGUGAAAGACUUGGAGCCAUUUAGAGAUGUCUCAGCAAGAACGGGAGUGGAAGUAGCAGAAGUGUACCCUCUGGAAAAGAAAGAAGAUUCAGACUGAGCAAGAUACUGACUGAGUUCACUGAACCUGGGAAUGCCAGUUAACGUCUAGCAGCAUGGGAAUUAAAAAAAAACAAAGCCAAACAAUUUAUACUGCACAUUUAAAAAAGUUUGCUAUAGUUGAUUUGUGAGAAAAUGAACCCUCCAAGAUAAGUUGGAUUCAGCUUGAAGAAAGACUUUUAUCAAGGCUUACAGAAAAAAAUUAUCUUCAUUAGUAAAUAUAUGGACAUAAUCCCAGUAAAAUCCUAUCCCAUCCUGCAUUUCAAGAAGAAUUUUAUGACAUUUCUCUAGGAAACAAAAGAACAGUACUUUCAGUGAUUUGUACAUGACCUAUUAGUAAUAUAACCACCAAGUUGAUUAUAACCGAUCUGUUGCUGGGUCUGAAGAUAAAGCAUACAGUGCACUAUUCAAAAAUAAAGAAGAUAUUUAAAUUUGCAACAGAGGAAGUAUCUAAACUAAAAUAUUUUUCUAUGUCUGAAGGUAAAGUUUAAAAGACCCAAUAUGCAAGUGACCUACUGAGCUCCUCUGCAGAGUAUAAGAAGAGAUCUCUUCAAAGUGCACUGUUUUGUCAGCAUUAUACUAAUUUUUUUUAUUGGAUCCCACAAUAGUGAAUCUGAUCGUUUGUAUGAAAGUCUCUACUAUAUUUGUAUAUCACUUGAAAUAGUAAGUGAAAGAAGGUAUAAAACAGUGAGACACCCAGUCUAUCCUACACAAAUAUUUUCAUCUAAGAAAGUGUAUGAGCAGGGCUAGUUUUUCUGUGUGUUUCAGUCAUUUCUGUGGCUCUUCUACCAGUGGAAGCCAUGCGUCAUUUUCCACACUGCAGUAAUCUCAUGAAGUGUGGGUGUAAACUAGAAAGAAUAAUGUCUUACUCAAAUGUUGUAUUUGAAGAACUGAAGAUCUGUAAAAAUGCAGAAAUAAAAAAAGUGCUAUCAGUGAACAAUCCUUUGUUGCUCAAUUGUCAGAUUUUCUUAUUAAUUGCACACAGUCCAGUUAGUCAGUUGUCAGAUUUAAUAAAGCCCUCUUAAAACCUGU